AUGGCGGCGGCGGCGGCGGCGGUGACGGUGGCGGCGGGCUCCGAGGGGCGGCGCGCGGCCCUGGAGGCGGCGGCGGUGCCCGAGCGGGGCGGCGGGAGCUGCGUGCUGUGCUGCGGAGACCUGGAGGCUACGGCGCUGGGCCGCUGCGACCACCCGGUGUGCUACCGCUGUUCCACCAAGAUGCGGGUGCUGUGCGAGCAGCGUUACUGCGCCGUGUGCCGCGAGGAGCUGCGCCAGGUGGUCUUCGGGAAGAAGCUUCCUGCCUUUGCCACAAUCCCCCUCCACCAGCUGCAGCACGAGAAAAAAUAUGACAUCUACUUCGCCGAUGGAAAAGUUUUUGCCUUGUACAGGCAGCUGCUUCAGCACGAGUGCCCGCAGUGCCCUGAGCUGCCGCCAUUCGGCCUCUUCGGGGACCUGGAGCAGCACAUGCGGAAGCAGCACGAACUCUUCUGCUGCAAGCUGUGCCUCAAGCACCUCAAGAUCUUCACCUACGAGCGCAAAUGGUACUCGCGCAAGGACCUGGCGCGGCACCGCAUGCAGGGGGACCCCGAUGACACGUCACACCGUGGGCACCCGCUCUGCAAGUUCUGUGAUGAGCGCUACUUGGACAAUGAUGAGCUGCUCAAACACCUGCGCCGCGACCACUACUUCUGCCACUUUUGUGACUCCGAUGGAGCCCAGGACUACUACAGCGACUACGCCUACCUGCGCGAGCACUUCCGGGAGAAGCACUUCCUGUGUGAGGAGGGCCGCUGCAGCACGGAGCAGUUCACCCACGCCUUCCGCACCGAGAUCGACCUCAAGGCCCACAGGACAGCCUGCCAUAGCCGGAGCCGCGCCGAGGCCCGCCAGAACCGCCAGAUUGACCUGCAGUUCAGCUAUGCACCCCGGCACUCGCGCCGCAGUGAGGGGGUCGUCGGGGGUGAGGACUACGAGGAGGUGGACAGGUACAACCGUCAGGGCCGUGCCGGCCGGGCCAGUGGUCGCGGAGCCCAGCAGAGCCGUCGAGGAAGCUGGAGGUACAAGAGGGAAGAAGAGGACCGGGAAGUGGCAGCUGCCAUCCGGGCCUCGGUGGCCGUGCCGCAGCUGCAGCAAGAGACACGCAGGAGUGAGGACCGGGAGGAGGGCGGCAGGGCCAAGAAGGAGGAGGCAGGGCUGCGGAUGCUCGAGGAGCUCCGCGGCCCCCGGCGCCUGCCCCGGACUCAGGGCGAGGGAGCAGGCCUCAAGGAAGCCUCGCCCAAUGGUCCUGUAAGCCCGGAGGGCCUCCCGGCAACCGGCCCGGCCACAGGGGCCACGCCUCCAAGCACCCUCCCACCUCCCACUUCGAAGCUCAAGGAUGAAGACUUCCCCAGCCUGUGCGCCUCUGCGUCCUCCUCUGCCUCGUGCUCUGCUGCGGCAGCUCUGGGCCCCGUGGGGCUGGCACUGGCGUACCCCGUCCCUGCCCGGGGCAGGAGCACCUUCCAGGAGGAUGACUUCCCCGCCCUGGUGUCCUCCGCCUCCAAGCCCAGCGCUGCCCCCACCAGCCUCAUUUCCGCCUGGAAUAGCAGCGGCAGCAAGAAGGUGGCUCAUCCCACCUCGGGGGCCCAGGCUGCUGGCGGGAGCGGCCAGCCCCCCAGGAAGGCUGGCAAGGCAGGCAAGGGCAGCAAGAAGGGCGCGCCACCACCGUCGGAGGAGGAGGAGGAGGAGGAGGCCGGCCAUGCCGGCCUCACUGCCCAGGAGCUACGGAGCGUGCCCACCACGGUAGCCGUCUCCUCCCUGCUGGCGCUGGCCUCCACCCAGACCCUCCCCAAGGUCGGCAAGAAGAAGAAGGUGGGCUCGGAGAAGCUGGCUGCUGCCUCACCGCCCCCACAGCCCCCUGACAAAGAUGGGCCCCCUGGGGCCGAGCAGGCCCCCACCGUGACCGCCGGCAGAGCCGAGGGGCCCGUUGCCCUCAUCGUCAAUGGACACACAGAGGGGCCGGCCCUGGCUCGGAGCACGCCCAAGGAACCUCCUGGGCUCCCGCGGCCCCUGGGGCCCCCCACCUGCCCCACACCCCAAGAAGACUUCCCAGCACUCGGAGUCCCCUGCCCACCCAGGAUGCCCCCUCCCCCAGGCUUCAACGCUGUGGUGCUCCUGAAGGGCACCGCACCCCCGCCUCCGCCUGGCCUGGUGCCACCCGUCAGCAAGCCACCCCCCGGCUUCUCGGGCCUCCUGCCCAACCCCCACCCAGCCUGUGUCCCCAGCACUGCCACCGCCACAAAAGCGCCCAGACUGACACCUGCACCACAGGCCUACCUGGUGCCCGAGAACUUCCGGGAGAGGAACCUUCAGCUCAUCCAGUCCAUCAAGGACUUCCUGCAGAGUGACGAGGCCCGCUUCGGCAAGUUCAAGAGCCACUCGGGGGAGUUCAGACAGGGCGUGAUCUCCGCAGCCCAGUAUUACAAGAGCUGCCGCGACCUGCUCGGGGAGAACUUCCAGAAGAUUUUCAACGAGCUGCUGGUGCUCCUGCCCGACACGGCCAAGCAGCAGGAGCUGCUGUCCGCACACACGCACUUCCGGGGCCGGGAGAGGCCUCCUGGCACCAAGGCCAAGAAGAACAGGAAGAGCGCGUGGCAGGCCAGCACCCGGCCAGCGGGCCUGGACUGCUGCGUGUGCCCCACCUGCCAGCAGGUGCUUGCGCACGGUGACGUCAGUGGCCACCAGGCACUGCACGCCGCCCAGGACAACGACUUCCCGUCCCUGCAAGCCAUCGCCAGGAUCCUCACGUAG